CCAGUACCUGCCGGUGCCAGGACUUCCCUGGUUGGCGCGCGGCGGCUGGCGGCAGGACACGCCAUCCCGGGGACACGCUCACCGUGACCCAGGGGCGACACAGCGCAAGGAUGCAUAGACCUGGACUCCCGGUCUUCCUGUCACCACUUCCUGCCCCUUGUGCCCUGUGGUCCCCACCUCUGCCCACAGCUGCAGUGGAAGUGGCUGCUGGACCAGAUCUUCCAGGAGGACUUCUCAGAGGAUGAGGAGGUGGUGCUGCUGGCCACAGACUACAUGCAGCAGGUGUCCCAGCUCAUCCGCUCCACACCACACAGGAUCCUGCACAACUACCCGCCGUGGCGUGUGGUGGUGGACCUGAGUGAGCACCCAUCUUCCCCAUCAUUCCUGGAGUCCCUGCAUGAGCUAGCCCGAGAGAUGGAGGGCAGUGACAAGCGCCAGGAGCUGGCCCGAGUCUCCCUGGGCCAGGCCAACGGCCACUUUGGCAUGGCACUUGGUGCUCUCUUUGUACACGAGCACUUCUCAGCAGCCAGCAAAGCCAAGGGGAUGGAGGCCCCAGGAAGGCAGAGAAAUGGCUGCUCCUUCAUCUCCCUUGGGGAUUUGACCUGGGGAGCAGGGGAGCCCCAAGGGGCUGAGUCACAGCACCUGCCCCAUGUAUGCGUCCCAUGUAAGCCGUGGUGCCGCGGCCCCAUCUGA